AUGGUAUGGGAUGAAUUUUCAUAUUCCGUGGAACAGAUGAAAAAUAAAGCGGUGACGACGGUAUUCGCCAAGAGUAACACGAAGAAUUUACUACCCGGUGAGGAAGCACUGUCUGUUGAUGAAAAGGCUGUACGGUUUCUAAUUGAUGAGUCAUCUGAUGACGUCGGUCUUCUAGCGCCAGAGUCUAGCGAAGCAUCCCUUAUAAUGGGCAUCCCCAAAUUUGUAGCCAUGGAAAUGUCGCUUUCAAAGUCUUCCCGAAGUCGCCAACCAGAUUUAUACAAUCUUUCGGACAAGGGGCGUCACAAUCAAUACUUGAACACCGUCUUCCUGGCGUUCUCCUCAAAGUCAAAUUCAGCUAUUGAAUCUACUGCUUUACAAGCUGAAUAUAACGGCAAAGAGCCAAAGUAUGAUGAGCAAGUACCUUACAAGGCCGAGGAUGCCGUAAAGGAAGAAGAAUCGGCCAGUGAAGAUAAUGAAGAUGGAGAUGAGGUAGAUAAGUGUAUUGGGUCAGAAGAGAGAAUAGAGGACGCCUGCGGUGAGGAGCUACUGGUAGGAGAUUGGCGAGAAAAGAUAAUUCCACCAUUGCAUGCAGUGAAUUGA